AUGACGAGGACGUCUGAAGGGUUUUGGUCGGUGGUUCAGGAGGGUUUGACAGAUCUUUUUGGAGGCCGACUGGAGACCAGAGAUCUGAUUCUGGACUGGGUCUUAUGUGGUUCUGCUGUGCCCUCCGACACUGGACGUCCCUCAGACGAGGAGGUGCAGAAGGCAGUGAACGCAGCGCAGAGCCUCCAUCAGAGAUGGAAGGAGUUGCUGCAGGAGGGGGUGGGAGCCUCCAAGGAGGAAAUAGACUGGACAACAAAUGAGCUGAGGAACAGCCUGCGCUCCAUCGAAUGGGACCUGGAGGACCUGGACGAGACCAUCAAUAUCCUUGAGGCUUGCAAUGUUUCGAAUGAUUUCUUAAUUAACCCUGAAUGCAUCGUGGAGUCAAACCCUAAAAAGUUCAACCUGGACACCGCCGAGCUGUCGAAGAGGAAAGCGUUCAUCACCAGAACCAGGAGCACGGUCAAGCCGACGCGUCUGAAUGCCGCGCAGCGAUUGGCCGCUGAGCUCUGGGUUUGCUUUGAAGGACAUGAAGGAUCAGAUGUCGAGUCCGGCCGCCUGCGCAGACGGGAGGGACAGACAGGUACUCGCGCUCACCAGCGCACGGCGUCUUCUCUCCGUGCUCCGGAGAGCUCUGGGCAGAACCUUCUGUGUUGUGUUCAGGCUCUGCUCGGGGAGCGGGGCGCUCAGGGGCCCAUCUGGCAGCCCGGUCCGGAUAAGUUUGGCCGACUGGACCGGCAGCUGCAGAACGCCAACUCUCAGUUUAUCGAGGAGCAGCAGGUCCAGCAGCAGGUACAGAGCCCCCCCCCCCCCCCAGAGCAGACGCGGCGGCUGAUCGCGGAGCAGCAGGACGAGCAGCUCCAGCUGGUGUCCGGAACCAUCGGCGUUCUGAAGAACAUGUCUGAGCGGAUCGGACUGGAGCUGGAUGAGCAGGCGGUGAUGCUGGACGACUUUGGCCAUGAGAUUGACAGCACUCAGUCCCGGCUGGACAACGUGAUGAAGAAACUGGCCAAAGUCUCCCACAUGACGAGCGAUCGCCGUCAGUGGUGCGCAAUAGGCGUGUUGCUCGCCAUCCUCUUGGUCAUCGUCAUCCUCUUCUUCAUCCUCUGACUGGCGCUCCUUAAGAUAUCUGAUCUGUCUAAUGGACUCUUUUGUCCCCGUCAGGCUAAAUUGAACUCUACUGGAAUACACUGGAUUUAACUGGCCUGUAUUGGACUGAACCGACCUGAACUGGACUGAAUUGGCCUAAAUAGGCCUGUAUUGGACUGAACUGAACAAAAGUGGCCUCAACUGGACUCAAACCGCCCUCUAUUGGACUAAAGUGGCCUGAACUAUAUUGAACUGAACCGGACUAUAUUGAACUGAACCGGACUAAAACUGUCCUGUAUUGGACUAAAACUGGCCUGUAUUGGACUAAACUGGCCUGUAUUGGACUGAAACAGACUAAAACUGGCCCUCUAUUGGACUAAACUGGCCUGUAUUGGACUGAA